AUGCAGGGGCCCACGGCAGCGCUGCUCCUGAGGGCGGGGGAGUUGGGGGCCACACAGCCGGACUCCACCUCCUGGUACCGCCAGGAAGGUGGCCCAGUGUGCAGCUGGCCGCGGAAGCCUCAGCCGCUCGAGUGCCGUGCAACUUCCCCCGCCCCAUGGCCCAGGGCGCGCCACUCAGAGUUCCGGCUUCCAGAGAAGGGUGCGGCGCACGGCCAAGACUGGGUCUGCAGCCCAGCCUCAGCGCGCCGGCUAAACUGCGCCCUCCAGCCCUCGACCCACGACAGCCACGCCCAGGGCGCCGAGGAUCCCCGCCUCUCUGGGCCCUCGCUUACCCCGGCUCAGGAGGACGCCCCGCCCCAGGACGGUUCUCUUGUCCUUUGGCGAGGAUUCUCCAAGGCGUCUCAACACAUGGGCCGGCUCAGAAACGCCAAGAUCCACGUGGAGAGAGCUGUCAAGAAGAAGAUCUUUAUGAUCCAAGGUCGCUACCCUGUGAUCCGUUGCCUCUUGCGCCAAAGGGGCUGGGUAGAGAAGAAGAUGGUUCAUCACUUGGGUACCACUUUGCCACAACCACAUAAGGAUCUGGACAGCUCAGUAAUGGGUGACAGUGACACGACGGAGGAAGAGGAUGAAGAUGAGGAGGAGGCAUUCCGGCCACCACAGCUGUUUGACUUUGAUGAGUUAUUGGAAUUUGAUGACCUACAUGGGAAACACGCUCUGAUGUCACGUAUGGUUCGGAACGAGAUCCCCUACUUCAUCUGGACUACUCGUCGGGACAUCCUGGACUGUCGCUUCCUCUCCAAGGAUCAGAUGAUAAACCACUAUGCUCGGGCAGGCUCCUUUACCACAAAGGUGGGUCUGUGUCUCAAUCUCCGGAAUUUGCCGUGGUUCGAUGAGGCUGAUGCCGACUCCUUCUUCCCACGCUGCUACCGCCUGGGGGCUGAGGAUGACAAAAAGGCCUUCAUAGAGGACUUCUGGCUGACAGCUGCCCGCAACGUUCUCAAGCUGGUGGUAAAGUGCGAGUGGAAGUCAAACUCUGUCGAUGAAGGAGAGGCCCCAAGAGACAAGCAGCCAAAGAAACAGGAGAAGAAGCCAGUGUUGGUGUCCCCAGAGUUUGUGGACGAGGCUCUGUGUGCCUGCGAGGAGCACCUUAACAACCUGGCACAUAUGGACAUCGACAAGGACGUGGAGGCCCCGCUCCACCUGAGCCCUGAGGGCUGGUCCCUCUUUCUCCAGCGCUACUACCAAGUGGUCCACGAGGGGGCAGAACUCAGGUACCUCGACACUCAGGUCCAGCGCUGUGAGGACAUCCUGCAGCAGCUGCGGGCUGUGGUGCCCCAGAUGGACAUGGAAGGAGAUCGCAACAUCUGGAUCGUAAAGCCGGGAGCCAAGUCCCGUGGACGAGGUAUCAUGUGCAUGGACCACCUGGAGGAAAUGCUGAAGCUGGUGGACUGCAACCCCAUGAUGAUGAAGGACGGCAAGUGGGUGGUGCAGAAGUAUAUCGAGCGGCCCUUGCUCAUCUUUGGCACCAAAUUUGAUCUGAGGCAGUGGUUCCUGGUGACCGACUGGAACCCACUUACUGUGUGGUUCUACCGUGACAGCUACAUCCGCUUCUCCACACAGCCCUUCUCCCUGAAGAACCUGGACAACUCUGUGCACCUGUGCAACAACUCCAUCCAGAAGCACCUGGAGAAUUCAUGCCACCGGCACCCACUGCUGCCCGCAGACAACAUGUGGUCAAGCCAGAAAUUCCAGGCCCACCUGCAGGAGACGGGGGCCCCGAACGCCUGGUCCACUGUCAUCGUGCCUGGCAUGAAGGCCGCAGUGAUCCACGCCCUGCAGACCUCCCAGGACACCGUGCAGUGUCGGAAGGCCAGCUUCGAGCUCUAUGGUGCUGACUUUGUGUUCGGUGAGGACUUCCAGCCCUGGCUGAUCGAGAUCAAUGCCAGCCCCACCAUGGCACCCUCCACAGCUGUCACCGCCAGGCUCUGUGCCGGUGUGCAGGCAGACACCCUGCGUGUGGUCAUCGACCGGCGACUGGACCGCAACUGUGACACAGGGGCCUUCGAGCUCAUCUACAAGCAGCCUGCCGUGGAGGUGCCCCAGUAUGUGGGUAUCCGGCUUCUAGUAGAGGGCUCCACCAUCAAGAAGCCCCUGGCGAUGAUGAGUCACCGGCGGAUGGCCGUCCGCCCAGCCCUCCCUCACCUGCUGGCCCCGAGAGGCUCUGGGGAAAGCAAGGACUCAGGAAGCCCCAUCCACAGGUCAGCUUCUAGGAAAGUUGCUGGGGCCAGAAGCCUGGGGCACACUGAGAAGCCAGAAUCCACUGCCACCACCUCAGCCCCUGGAAAGGGGAAGAAAGGCAAGGCGAAAAGUGCCACAGCCCAGGUCCGCCCCAAUCUCCGGAAGUGGGACACCCCCAGCACGAGGAUGAGCUGCAUUUUUACCAUGACCUUAGCUAGCAGGGACAGGCAUCCCCACUCUUUGAACAGAUUGCCAUUGAGUCUGAAGAACCCCCAGGCCCUGGGUAAGACCCUUCCCCCCAAACACCCCAGGGCCUCAAGACAACUUCUUCCUGUUCUCCAAGCCGCUCCUAACCACCUGGGUUUGCCCCCACCCACAGCCCCACCAGAGAGUCACCGGUAGUAAGUAAAAGUCACCACUUACAAAGUAUUUUUAAAAACUGCACGACUGAAUGACUGUGAUCCACCCCCCGCAAAGUAGUCACGUGGUGAGGCAGUUGUACUCAUUUGGAAGAUGCCAGGACUCAGUCCCAGUUUGGUCUCACGCCAGAGCCCCUUUUCCUGCUGUAGUAUUCUGUCUUUGCUGCCGUGCAAAGUUGCCUCUGGGGAAAAGGAACUAAUAUCUGUACAGCACAUAACAGUUGAAACUGUGUCACUACCUGACCAGCUCCUUUAGUUCUCACAGCCUAGCGAGGGAGGUGCUAUGAUCCCCAUUUUCCAGCCGAGGUAUCAGGAAGUGUAAGGAAGUUGCCCGAGGUUGCACAGCUCAGAAGGGGCAGAGCUGGGAUGCAGACCCAGGUCUGUUGGACUUCAAACCCUGUGUCCUUCCCAUGGCCUCUGGAGAAGGAACUGGGUGGGCUCCAUCUGCCCUCAUCUCCCCCUGCCUCCCCACCCUCCACUCACACCUUGAGGGGGAGCUGGUGAGCCUUAGCCCCUCCCCACCCCCUCACGGCCCCUCUUGCUCCCACAGCCCCUUACCAUUUCCCAAGCCUCCACAGCAAGGCCCGGCUGCCUUCUCCCCAUGUGCCCUGGCCCCAGGGGCAGGUCCUCAGACUACAGCACAGCAA